AUGUCUUCGCUAAAAGAUCUAGCUCAGGAGUUGCAACCUCUGUGUUAUAAUGAGGAUGAUGAUAAUAAUAAUAGUAAUAUAAUGUCCGUGCAGUAUCGUAAAGUACACAACUUUUCACGUGUAUAUCGGUACGGACGAGCUCGUACACACGACGAGGAAAUGUUUCCGGUCGGCUCGUCAGCUGCGGGGCCUGAUGGAGUGCAACUGAAGGCUGCAGCCCCCGAGCUCGAGGCCCGUUUAACACCCGACUAA